CCCGCUGCGGACAGCGGCCCCGGAGCGGCCGAGGACCCCUCAGAGAGGGCCAACGCCGAGAUCAACCUGGGCUGCCUGCUCUGCCGGCAGGGGCGGUACGAGGAGGCCAGCGCCAAGUUUGCCAGCGCCAUGCAAGUGUUGGGCUACUCUCCCGAGCUGUCCUACAACAUGGCACUGUGCUGCUAUGCGGCCAAGCAGUACGCUCCUGCCCUCAAACACAUCUCCGAUAUCAUAGAGCGCGGUAUCCACCAGCACCCAGAGCUCAACGUGGGCAUGACCACCGAGGGCAUCGAUGUCCGCAGCGUAGGCAACACGCUGCUCCUGCACCGCACAGCCCUGGUGGAGGUCUUCAACCUCAAGGCAGCCAUUGAGUACCAACUGCACAACCUGAAAGCGGCCCAGGAGGCACUCACAGAUAUGCCGCCAAGGGCUGAAGAGGAGCUGGAUCCAGUUACGCUGCACAACCAGGCGCUAAUGAACAUGGACAGCCAGCCCACUGAGGGGUUUGAGAAACUGCAGUUUCUCCUACUGCAGAACCCCUGUCCCCCAGAAACUUUUGGAAAUUUGCUACUCCUCUACUGCAAGCAUCAGUACUAUGACCUGGCAGCUGAUGUGCUGGCAGAGAAUGCCCACCUGACCUACAAACUGCUCACAACUUAUUUGUACAACUUCUUGGAUGCCAUUAUUACCUGUCAAACUGCCCCUGAGGAGGCUUUCCACAAGCUAGAUGAUUCAGCAGGGACACUGACCGAGCAGCUGAGAAAACUCAUGAAGCAGGUUCAAGAAGCUAGGCAAAACUGGGAUGAUGAAGCUGUGAAAAAGGCAGUUAAUGAGUAUGAGGAGACUCUGGAUAGAUAUGUACCUGUCUUGAUGGCCCAGGCAAAGAUCUACUGGGACAUGAAGAAGUACACAAUGGUAGAAAAGAUUUUCCGCAAAUCGGUGGAAUUCUGCAACGAACACGAGGUGUGGCGGCUCAAUGUGGCUCAUGUGCUCUUUAUGCAAGAGAACAAGUAUAAAGAGGCCAUUAGCUUCUACGAGCCAAUAGUUAAAAAACACUAUGACAACAUUCUCAACGUGAGUGCCAUUGUGUUAGCUAACCUCUGCGUUUCCUACAUCCUGACCAGUCAGAAUGAAGAUGCAGAGGAACUGAUGAGGAAGAUCGAAAAGGGAGAAGAGCAGCUGUCCUAUGAUAAUCCUGAUACAAACAUCUACCAUCUUUGCAUUGUCAAUCUAGUCAUUGGUACCCUCUACUGUGUGAAGGGAAACUAUGACUUUGGUAUUUCAAGGGUCAUUAAAAGCCUGGAGCCGUAUAACAAAAAACUGAGCACCGAUACGUGGUAUUAUGCCAAACGGUGUUUCCUGUCCUUGCUGGAGAACAUGUCCAAGCACAUGAUCGUGCUAUGUGACAGCGUUAUUCAGGAGUGUGUUCAGUUUCUGAAGCAGUGUGAGCUGUAUGGAAGAAACAUCCCAGCUGUCAUUGAGCAACCCCUUGAAGAGAGGAGGAUGCACAGUGGGAAAAACACAGUUACCUACGAAGCCAGGCUCUUGAGGGCGCUGAUGUAUAAGAUUGUUGGGUGGACUGCCUAAGUGGAGUUCCCACACAACAGAAAUGAGAACUGUAUGUCUCUUCUUAUGCUUGUGAGGUGAUGCUCA